CCGCGUCACUUGCACCCAUGAGAAAGUGCAGUUGCACUUGUACGCGGGUCAUUUUCAAUCAUUUUCUGCCACCAAAAUGGGCGUGCGCGACUGGUUUGGCCUCGGGGACGAGAGCAAGCUCGCUCGAGCGGCUGGCGCCGGCGACCUCUCGCUCGUGACGUCGCUCCUUGGGGCGGGUGUGAACGCGAAUGGCAUUUGCCUGGGCGUACCAGCGCUGUACAAGGCGGUCGUCGCCAAUCACGCAGCCAUCGCGCGGCUCCUCGUUGAAGCAGGCGCCAACCCCGACUUGCCGACGUGGACCAAAGCGAUCCCUUUGGUUGCGGCUGUGGUCCGUGGCCACACGAGUUGCGCUGCGCUUCUCAUCGAAGCUGGCGCAAGCCUCGAUGUGCUCGAUCGGCGCGGCGACUCGCCUCUGUACAUUGCUGCCGACGGCGGCUACGCCGACAUUGUGCGACUCCUCAUCGCGGGACACGCCAACGUCAACCUUUGCAACGCGACGGGGCAGUCCCCUCUGUUUACCGUGGCCUUGCACGGCUACUCGGCGAUCGUUCAAGAUCUACUGGCGGCCGACGCCAACUACGACUGCGCCAAUCAGCUAGGGCAGACACCGCUGCUGGCGGCAGCGAUGACCGGCCGAAAUGAGAUUGUUGCGCUGUUGGUAUCGACUGGCGCCCAGAUCGACCACUGCAACCACUUUGGACACUCGGCCGUGUUUCUGGCUGUCUACAAGGGCCAUGUCGAUGUUGUCGCCCAGCUUGUGGCCGCCCGGGCCAACGUCAAUCUCUCCAACGACGAAGGGUGCACGCCGCUCUUCAUUGCCGCCAAGCGAGGGCUUCGCGACACCGUCAAGCUGCUGCUGGACGCGGGGGCGAGCGCCCACCUCAGUGAUAAGAGUCAAAACACACCGCUGCUCAUGGCGGCCAACGGCGGGUAUACGGAUAUCGUCUCGCUCUUGGUCGUGGCCAAAGCCGACGUCAACCAGCCCAAUCAGAACAAAGAUACCCCGCUGAUUUGGGCCGCGGACCGGGGCCACGCUCCCGUCGUGCAGUGCCUAUUGGCUGCCAAGGCGAAUGCCAACCAUUGCAACACGGCAGGUCGGUCGGCGCUGCUGGUCGCUGCGCGGGGGGGGCAUGCCCCCGUGGUGGAGCUGCUUCUCGUCGUGACAGCCGACAUCAACAAGGCCGAUAUCAACGGAGAAACCGCCAUUUACACUGCCGCCAGACGCGGCCAUCUUGCCGUUGUCAAGUUGCUCGUGGCAGCGGGCGCCAAUACCCACCUUCCCGACAAGGUAAAUCCGCUGACAAUUGCGCGUCAGAACGGCCACCACGCGACGGUUCGCGUUCUUCUCGCGGCUCAAAAAGCGCAACUGAGUGCGCUCAAACCACCCGUGCUGUGCUUGGUCAAGCUCGGUCGCGGCCGCCACGGCGACGUUUUUAAAAGCUCGCACCUCGGGCACACGGUCGCGAUCAAGACCAUUUACCCGACCAACGACGCGACCUUUCUCAGCACGCUGAACCGAGCGCAGCAGCUCGACUGCCCGCAGCUCGCGCGGUACCAUGGCAUCGUCCACUCGGCCAACGGCACCCAUCGCAUCGCGAUCGAGUACGUGGAUGGCGGCAGCGUGCGCGACCACCUCGCCAAGCUCCAACGCGGCGAGCGCACUCCGAUCUCGACACCCGCCGUGGCGAUGGCCGCUGCACGAGGACUUGUUGCCUUGCACGCUGCCGGUCUCGUGCACGGUCGCCUCACAUCUUCCAACAUCUUUCUCUCGAUGACGUCGGUGGCCAAGCUCACCGACUACAGCUUGGACGACGCGUCUUCGUGGACGCGGUCAUCGGCGCCCGAGGUCCUCGCAGGCUAUAGCCCGACGUCGGCGGCGGAUAUCUACGCCUUCGGGCUUUUCUUGGUGGAGAUCGAGACGCGUCAGGUGCCGUAUCCAGAAAUGCACGAGAUCGACGUCCUGGCGGGCGUCAAGCAAGGCACAUUGCAGCCAGAAUGCACUGCGUCGGUCGCCCCGUGGUACCGCAAUCUCGUGCUAGCGUGUGUGCAAGCAGACCCUGUACGCCGCCCGACCGCCGCCGACGUCCUCCGGUGUCUUGAAUCCAAUGAUAAGUAGUCAA